AUGUUCCCGGAGGCUCGCUGUCUUCCCGUACUCCUUCCUUGGGAUGCCUGGUGCAUCUCAUUUUCCUCUGCUCUGAUGGGUGUCCGUCUGGCCCUCUCCCUUGUCUGGCUUCUCGCUUCGGGAUCCCUCUCCCAUCCUCUGGAAGGUUCAAAUUCUGGGGGGAAAGCUUUCAUCGCCAAAAUCAGACGUUCGUCUGGCAAAUCUCCGGCGGCUCAGAGCUAUGCUCAACGCAUAUUCGACAAAACAUCUGCCAUCGAUGACCUCAAUAAUGUCCUGGCCAAGUACGCAGAUGCCGUUCAAAUCCUUUCCGGCGUCGGUCUCAACCCUGACACCCACCCUGAGGCUGGGUACUACCCAUUCACGCAUCCUCUCCUUGGCGUGAUGAAUAGCACGAACUCAACCGCACCGAAUGUUAACCAGAGUCUGGGCACGGUGCAGAUCACCGCUGAGAGCAUGGAUGGAAGCGGCCCAGGGACGACAGGGAUUAUCAGCGUACCCGGGACGGCGCAGCAGUCGCUCACGGACGACGUCGCGGGGGGGCUCGACAUCCUCUAUUAUGGCGCGCUCGCGUUCGGCUCGCAGAAACAGACGCUGACAGUCGACAUCGACACGGGCUCUGCGGACCUCUGGGUGCCGGUGAACUGCCGCUCGUGCGCGGGCGACUCGUUCCAUGCCGCGCAGAGCUCCUCCUAUCAGAAUCUGGGGCAGACAUUCUCUGUGCAAUAUGGCGCUGGCAAGGUGUCGGGGACGCUCGCCCAGGACAGCGUCGCUGUGGGCGCGCUCACAGCCCCCCAGCAGGUGUUCGGCGCUGUGCGCGCUGAGUCCAGCGAUUUCUUCGAUGAGCCGUCUGACGGGCUAUUGGGGCUUGCAUUCGGGAGCAUUGCGCAGUCCAAGAGACCUACUUUCUUCGAGAAUUUGAUGGUUUCGAAGCAAGUCACCGCCGGGGCCUUCGCAAUACAUCUAGCUCGCGGUCAAUCCACAGGGUCCGAGGUGUGUUUCGGCUGCUUUGAUACCACGAAAGCGAUCGGCCCUAUUACCUGGCACCCAGUGAUAUCCCGAACAUACUGGACCAUUCGGUUAGACGGGAUAUCGUCGGGCUGUAAUCACCCCCUCGAUGUCAAUCUGACAGCGGCAAUUGAUACCGGAACUACGCUGAUAUACGUUCCAGAUGACGUCGCUGCGCAGUUUUAUUCCCUUGUGAGCCUCGGAGCGCGCUUGCUUUUCUCAGAGACUCUUAUGAGACCACAUACAGAUCCCUGGAUCCAGUAUGGCUGA